AUGUGUCGGCUAUCAGUGACUGCGCGCCGGUCUGUGAUGCGCGCGCUCUCUCCCGCGCGAAGGGUAACCGACGUAACAGUGUUGUUGACAUUUACCCUCCCGUUGUUUACCCAGUGCGUUACCAUCAACAAACACACACAACCAGAAGUCAUCGCGAAAUCAAGAGUAGAACUAAGACCACUAUCAAUAUCGGCGUUCCUAAACGACGUUAUCCGCCUAUCAGCACCGGUGAUCAACGAGGAAGCCAUUUACUACAUACACAAACCAAACGGUGACGUCAUGAAAUUAGACCUCUUUUCCCCAACCUUUGGAAAGGACGCAAAUGAUGAAGACCAACCUUUAGUAGCGAAAUUCGUAGAUAACGUCAAACCGAUACUUACUCAGAGUAAUAACUAUGAUGUAUUCAGUAUACGUAGGCCAGCGCCAUGGAAAGAUGAUUUUGAUAAAAAGGUGGGUGAAAUGGAACCGAAUGAGUUCAUGAUCGGACCUCUGAUGGUUGAAGAUCAUGGGAAUUGGGUGCUUAGCGUUUAUACGAGGAAUAUUGACGGCGAGUGGAUUGAAAUGUUUCAAGUUAUCAGUGUUACGAUAACAGAAUACGUACCACUGACACCAUUUAAACCUACCCUUAACAUAGGGGACACCUUUAACUUAAGCAUCGCAUUCCCCAUUCCUGACUUGGAGAGCUGUGAGCUCGUGGCACCUAUGUCUACCUUCGAUAGGUUCUACGAUAGACGAGAGAUAAGUCUGAAUACCUGUGCGUUCAGUAUACCGAACGUCACUAUACUGGACUCUGGCGUUUGGAGAGUGUUAGCAGUCGGCAAAAUGGUGCAUGAAGGAGAAGCACUGUUGAGUGUAAUUGUAGAUACUGUGGUAGAUAAUAAUACUGUUGUAUAGUAUUAGUAAUUUUAAAACUAAGAUAAGAAUUGACGAAUGAAAAAACUAAAACUUUAA